AUGGUUGCCGUCAUGGAGCAGCUCACCGACCGCCCCGGAUGGAUUGUCAAUAUAUUCGACGACCAAGUUGUCGCGGAUUGGCGAAAGGAGGUUGUUGCCACAAACUCCCUAAUCAGCGAGAUGGCGUGGACCUGGUGUGUGAAAGAGCUGCGUGACAAAGCACUGGAUUUUCACGAGAAACAACAUAUCCGGGUGCUAUAUACAGGAGCUUGUGUAUGCAAGUCGGAUACGGCGGAUCUGAGAGCUCUGAGUGAGGCGUUUCAACAGUCGGUUCCUUCUGUACUCGAGCAGCAGCAGGAUUAG